AUGUACUCUGUGUGACCCUGCCAUCUCACGUCGGCCAAUACUUGACUUUAACCCUGGCAAGGAAUGCCUUAAACCCAGGCCAUGGCGUGCACCGUUCUACUUGUAUCCCUUGGCGGCUGGGUAAAGUUCCCGCGAAGUCAGGUUGCCUAAUCCAAUUCCGCCACACACCAAAUGCAAGCAACGGCACAGCGGGCAGUCCAAUGGUACAAUUGCGGCACACGCAAAGAAGGUGAGACUCGUUUAUUAAGGACAUGCAGCCUAGGAAAGAUGCCAGCUCUUCUCUCUCCCUUCACUCACCCACCAUUCCACAUCUCAUCUCGUCGUACUACAACUCCAGCUUAGUCGCGUUGCUUCCACCUCGUUCAAAAUGUCCUACAAGAACUCGGUACUCAUCACGGGCGGUACCAAUGGCAUGGGCUAUCAUGCAGCCCUAAAGAUUGCCAAAGAACACCCUGACUAUCUUGUCGUGGUCGCCUCGCGGUCUGACAAGAACCAUGCCGCCGACGCCAUCAACAAGGCCCUGGGGCAGUCCAACACCAUCUUCAUGCCCCUGGACCUGAGCAACCCGGCCAACGUGCGGCGCUUCGCCAACGACUGGAUCGCCGACAAGACGAAGCCCCAGAUCCAGGCGCUGGUCAUGAACGCGGCGCUGCAGUUCCCCACGACCCUCCACCUGACGGACGAGGGCAUGGAGAAGACCUUCGCCAUCUCGCACGUCGGCCACGCCAUCCUCUUCCACCUCCUCUGCCCCCACCUCGCCACGGGCGCCCGCGUCGUCCUCACGUCGAGCGGCACGCACGACCCCGCGCAAAAGUCGGGCCUGCCCGACGCCGAGUACACCACGGCCGAGGAGCUCGCCUACCCGCCAAAGGCCAAGCUGGAGAUCCCCGGCCGCAAGCGCUACUCGACCACCAAGCUCUGCAACGUGCUGUGGACGUACGCCCUGUCCCAGCGCCUGGCCGAGCGGGCUCCCGAGCGCCGCAUCACCGUCACCGCCAUGGACCCGGGCCUGAUGCCCGGCACGGGCCUCGCCCGCGAGGGCAACGCCGUCGAGCGCUGGCUCUGGAACUCGGUCCUGCCUCACGUGAUGGGCCUCCUCCGCAUCAUCUUCAACCCUAAUGUCCACCACCCGGCCGAGUCUGCCGCGGCGCUGGCCCGCCUGGCUGUGUCGCCCGAGGUCGAGGGCGUCACGGGCAAGUAUUUUGAGGGGACGAAAGAGAUCAAGUCAAGUAAGGACAGCUACGACAAGAGCAAGCAGGAUGACCUGUGGGAGUGGACCGUCAAGUACGCAGCCGAGGGCAACGCGCAACAGGCAGAAAAGUUCCAGUCGUUGAAGUGAAGCGGCAGCUGGUUCGGGUUUUCUAUGUUUCUGUCUGUCUUUCAUCCUUGAGUUCAUUGACAGUCUGGUUUGGGCAUUUGGUAUCUUCUAAUUCAUCAAUUUGUAUUUUAUUGGUAUAUACCCGGAUAGCCGCUCUCCGGUCUUGACAAUUCCAACAUUAAUACGUCCUG